AACAACACAAAAAAUUUCUUGUUGCCAUUUAAUUAAUAAAAAAUAACUUAAAAAAGGCUGUUUUUUCCUACACUCGUCCUUAUUUAUAGCCAGCCCCCUAGAAGAAGUUUUUCGUCGUAUUUCAAGCAUCCCCCUCCUGUUUGUGUAACCUUUAUCUUAAAUAUAUUUUUUAUAAGAAAUAGUUUUGUGUUUUUUUAAACACUCUUUCAAUGCUUGCAACUUAUUUUUUCUGUGUGUGCCACCACUAGCAGCUGUGUAAAAAGGGACAGAGCCAGCAAGCAAGCUAUCAUAGUGACACAGUCUAUAUAUAGUCAUGCCCCGCGGUAAACGUCGUUCCAAUCACGAUAUGGGUGAAGACGAUCGUCAAACUUCGAAAAGACAACGUAAUACCUAUACGACAGCAACAGCGACAGCACAAAAUACAAGCAGACGUCAUAUAAAAGCCGAAGAUUCUUUCAGUCAUAAAAGAUGUUUAGCAUGGUUUAGAGAAUACACAAAUCCCGAUGAGCCAGAUACACUGGGUCCCGAUGGCAUGGAAAAAUUUUGUGAAGAUAUUGGUGUUGAACCCGAAAAUGUUGUAAUGUUGGUAUUGGCCUAUAAAAUGGGUGCCACACAAAUGGGUUUCUUUAGUCAGUAUGAAUGGUUAAAGGGUUUAACCGAAUUAGAAUGUGAUUCUGCACUUAAAAUGCAAUCAAAAUUGGAUUAUUUAAAAAGUAUAUUAAAUGAUCCAAAUAUAUUUAAAAGUAUAUAUCGUUAUGCAUAUGAUUUUGCUAAGGAUUCCGAUCAACGUAGUAUGGAUAUAAAUACAGCAAAGGCUAUGCUACAGUUAUUACUGGGUAAACAUUGGCCUUUAUAUCCACAAUUUGCACAAUUCCUAGAUCAAUCAAAGUACAAAGUCAUAAACAAGGAUCAGUGGUGUAAUAUAUUGGAAUUUUCACGCACCAUUAAUAAUGAUCUAACAAAUUACGAUAUCGAUGGAGCAUGGCCCGUUAUGUUGGAUGAAUUUGUUGAAUGGUUACGACAGCAACGUCAAUGUACGAGCACAACAUCAAGCUGAAAUUUUUGGUAUAACCCUUAUUACCAUCAUCAUCAAUACCAACCACAACCACCAUACUAAUAUUAGUAGCAGCUUUUUCUCUUUUAAUAUUUAUGAUUUUAAACUUUUACUUUUGGUUUUUCCAAUUCCAUACCAAUUUGUCUUUAAUAUGAGAAAGAAAAAAAGAAAAUAAAAUCCAUUCUAAUGGUUCCAAAUACAUUUAAAUUAACAUUAAUAAUAAAUUCUUGAAAGAAACAAAAAAAAAAAGAAAAAAACAUUAAAACAAAA